AAAACGCGCAUUAGCUUUGGUUUCGUUGGCGGGAAAAAAUGUCGUUGAAGAUUCUAACGGCUUUCGUUAUGAAGCUUUUCUUCUUGGCGUUUGUCGUCGGGGGGGCUUCUGCCUUCUUGGCCACGCCCCUCAACACGAGUGAUCCUGACGUCAUCAAUAUUUUGUGCCCAGAUCAGAUGGACGGGGCGACCCCGACCACGAGUGGAUCACCCGCGAGGCCAUCCGGCGAAACAUCCGCCGCUUCUUCACGGCCCACCCGCCCCGCCCGGACUUCUUCGUGCCCUCCGAAGCCACGCUGACGGAGCUCUACCACGCCUACUACGGGAGCACGUCGUCGCCCACGAGGUUCAUCAAGGCCGUGAACUCCAUCGCCGCCUCGAACGUCAAGGCGGAUUCGUCUGCGCAGCUCAGGUACGACCCCGCCAUCCAGGCCGACGGAGAGAGCCUCGAGGAACUGCAGGCGACGCUCAUUGCCAGAUACCCCCAGAUCCUCACUUCCAUCCUUCACGACGAGUCCUACUCCGCGGCCAGGGCACUCCUCGGCACGUCCUACCACUCCAUCCAGAAGUUCUACUCCCACUCCACCUGGGUUGAGCAAGGGAACGUGGGGAUUCUCGAAGGACUGGGUAUUCCAGGCUCAGAUUUGGGUAAUCUGGCGGGCGAGAGUGACAACGUGUGUACAUCUUGCGCGAAUCCUCAGGGCGAGUGUUCGGCCAACGUCAUCCUGGGCUCCGGCCUCAGCACGGGCUAUUACGAAUACGAAGACGAAGUCGGUGCCAGUUUCUUGAUUCCGAAGCCGCCCACGGGCGGGAAGUGCAGCCACGGCGGGGCGUUGGACGCGAGCGCCUCCCAACCUGCCGAAGGAGGGAUCAACAAGGACACGACCUCGCCCUGCUUCUCGCCCCACUUCUACCUGCACUCCUACGCCGCGGAAAUGGCUGUGGAGGCCACGGACCACUAUCUCAACGUCAUCCUGGAUGCUGUAGGAGAAGAGAAAUACAGGCGCCUUUUCGACCUGUACUUCGGCUCCGCUCUGUCCAUCUGCAUUGACACUACGGGCUCGAUGGGAGACGAUAUAGACGCCGUGGUCGACCAGGUGGAGCAGAUAGUCGCCCAUUCGACGGUCGAGCUCUACAUUCUCGUCCCGUUUAACGACCCAGAGGUUGGACCCCUCAUUUCAACCAGCGACGCCCAGGUGUUCUUGGAUGCCGUGAGGUCCCUGUACGCCCACGGGGGCGGCGACGGCCCUGAGAUGUUCUGGGGGGGGCUUCAGAUGGCUUUAAAAGCGACUCCAGACUACGGCAGCCUCUUCUGCUUCACCGACGCCGACGGGAAAGACGGAGAGCUGAUGGAAGGUCUGAUCAGCUUGGCGCAACAAAAACAUGUUAAGGUAACCGUGAUUCUCAGCGACAUCUACAAGAAGAGCGAACAAACGGACGAGGGCGGGGAUACCAAGCUCGUUACCAGCGUCGAGGAGUACCAACGCCUGGCUGAUUCCACGGGCGGCCUCCUCAUUUCCACGGACAAGUUUGACGUUAGUGAUAUCGUGGCCAUCAUCGGGGAAGGCGUUGAGACGUCCACGGUGACCCUCGAGAGCUUGGCCGAAAUGACGGGUAGCCUCUCAGUUUCCUUGCCCAUCGAUGACUCCAUUUUGGACUUCGAGGUUCGCAUCACGGGAGUCCUCAGCCAGGCUAUGCUCUUUGACAUCACGGGCACAGCCUACGACCUGACGGACAAGGCCGCCCUGGAAGCGACUGCGGGCGUGGAGGUGAUCUCUCACACCGGGACCUUCCUGGCCGUUCGCUUCCUCUCCCCUCGCCACGGCGUGUGGUCCCUCUCCGUCAGCGCCUCCGUCGACUACGCCCUCGCCGUCUCCGCCACGUCCUCCCUGGAUUUCCUCGGGGAAUUCGCCCUCCUGGACCCGUCGCCGCCGCACCCUCACUACCGGAAGACCGAAGGGCGUCCGCUGACCAACACUGUCUAUUACCUGGAGGUCACACUUGUGGGUCAUCUGGAGAGCGAGGUCACCAGAGUCAGUAAGGUCGAAUUUGUGGACAAGUCAGGAACGGUUCUGCGUGAGAUCGCGUACGCAGGAGACGUGGCUGACCAGAUGUACAUCCGCACCGACCCGCUGCCCGACCACUCCUUCUACAUCAAGCUCUUCGGUCAUGUUAGUUCAGGCAACAUGUUCACCCGGAUGAUGCCCGUGCUGAUAACCCCAGUGGAGACGAGCGUGGAGGUGUGGGCUUCCCUGCAGGAUCUCUCGGCCAAACCGGGUGACUCGGCUUCGGCGAAAUUCAUUGUCACGAACUACGGUCUCGAGUCCUUUUUCAACAUCUAUGGCACGGAUGACAUGGGUUUCCUCGUGAAUGUUGAGCCUACGAGGAUAUAUCUCAAGAACAACCAGUCGCUGCCAGUCAUAGCUACCUUCCAAGUGCCACUCGAUGCCACCCAUGGCACUGUGAGCACCGUGAUUGUCACAGCCCAGAGCGAGAAGCAAACCCAGUCCGUGAACAGUGCCAUUGCGCAUUUCGUCGUUCUUCCGCAGGAAUCCGACUUCGAGCCUCCGACGUGCAGUUUGGUCAACGAUCCGAUCUGCACUGGCUUCAACUUCAACGGGAUUUGCGACACCUUGCAAUGGAGUGUUCGUGCCACGCUCAGAGACACAGGAUCAGGGUUGUACCGCGUGGACGCCGUCCCUGAGGGCACCACCUUCGGCGUGUCUGACUUCCUUCCGGGGACAACAGCUGACGUGGAGACCUAUUACACGGCCACCUGUUGCACCACGCAGGUCGACAUCAUCGGCGUGGACGGCGUGGGCAACGUGGGGAAGUGCCACAUCGACAUGGGAGUAGUUGGUGGUCUUAUCUACGACUUCGAGGUGGACCAAGUCGGUGAGACGUGGCUGGUCCUCCACUGGAACAUCACGCCCUCUGACUAUGCCAUUGAUUACUACGACCUCAGCAUCAAUGGGGUUCCCUCUCAGCACAUCACUUGCCACGAUUUGUAUUGCCGGGCGCUCGUGACGUACGUGGACCCGUGUUCGUUCCAGGCGUUCAACUUGACCCCUGUGUUCGAUUACCACGGGACGGACAUGGCUGGCUUCCCGGCCUACACCGACGCCGUUACUCUCGAUAAAGAACCCGGAAUACCUUUACAAGGGACAGAAAUUGACGCCAACGGAAACCAGCAUCAACCAUCUCGUGGCAUCCGCUGA